AUGUCGGUAUGUGUGCGUGUAUACCACGCGGCUACGUGUGGCCUCACAUUCAAGAUAGCCUCCCGCCUGCCUGCAGGACAACAGCCGAUUCGGAGCUUGCUGAGGGAGAUUCACAGCGACAUUUGCAACAGAUUGGACAAGCAAGAGGAAGCCAUAAACAGGAUACAUGUCUCCCGCCGGCCAGUGCCCAUGCCGCCGCCUCCGUCCUCCCGUGUCACCGAGGCCAGCAGUAUGGCUAGCAGCCUACCUCUCGGCGACACGAACGACGCGCCGAUCGGGUCUCCGACCUUUCAACGAUUCUCCUUAAGACCACGCUUGUUCAGUACUUUUCAGGACUAUGACACACAGCUAUGGGACAUGGCCUCCAACGCAGACGCCCGCAACUCCCGCGCAAGAUUCGCUGCGCAGAAGUCCGGCGAAGCCCAAGGCAGCGGCUUUGAGAGAUCGGGUGUGUCAAGGCGUGUGUCAAAUAUCGUGAAGCGCCCCUGCUUUGACAUGAUCUGUGCGCUUGCCGUGGUCACCAACUCCCUGUUCCUGGGUAUCGAAGUGGAGAUGAGCAAGUCAUAUCCAAAUGGUCUUCCGCUAACCUUGGUCAUUAUACAAUACUUGUAUGCGUGGUGGUUCACAACGGAGCUCGCAAUGCGCAUCGUUGCAGAUGGAAGGCACUUCUUCUGCUCUGAAGAUUGGGCCUGGAGCUUCCUCGACAUGUUUGUUGUCAUCACUUCCCUUUGGGAAGUCGUCACGGACAUCAUUCUGGCUGUGCAGGAGGAC